AUGGCCGCAUCCAACAGCGCCCCGAUCUCGGCCGAGGCGAGGGCAGCGCUUGGAGAGGCUAUCAGGCUGGUGUUCGCGCGGUGGACGGUGCUGCAGGUGGCAGUGAAGAACCAGUGGGGUGGCCGCGACUCCUGCGCCAAGGCUAACCAGUUAGGCGAGUCCAUCCUUUCCUGGUUCUGUCGCUCCAAGGGUCCACAUUUUUUCGAAGACUUGGUGGUUAUGAUGGAGGACAAAAUAGUGGAAUCCUUCAAUGCUGACUUAGACCAUAAUAGUGUUCUGGAUGUUGCUGAUCAAUUAUUGUUUAUACAUGAACAAUGCCUGCAAAGUAACUAUUCUCCUAUAGAGAAGCUAAAGAAUUCACAUGUUCAGGGAAAUGAUGUUUCUCAAAGUAGAGAGAUAGUAGCCGACGACAGCGAUAUCCCAAAUGAUAAUGAUGACACAUCGGUGAUGAAUGAUGAAGCGGCUGCGGCAGAAGAGACGGCAGUGGACUCCAACCCUGCUCCCGACGCCGAUGGGUGGACAGUGCCUCGGCGUCGUGGUCGCAGGGCUAAUUGA